AUGAAUGAGCAUUCACGAGCAUACUUGAAAAGGUAUAGGAAGUUGGUGCAUCAAAUUAAUAACAUGGAUAAAUUUGUGGCAAUGAACCUAUUUAGGGAGAGUUUUCAAAAAUGGUCGUUGUUGAGUGAUCAACUCUAUCUAAAUCUGCCAAGAGAUCUUGCAGACAUACAAAUGAGGGCUGAGGCGUGUUUAAGAUAUUGGGAUCAAAGAAGAAGAGGUGAUGGGCACCACACUGUCACAAAACCUGUAGAGGGGAACCCACCUUUGAGUGAUAAAAGGGAUAAAAGAAGAGCAGAAAAUCCCCUGUCGAACAAUAAAGGAGGCCUGAAAUGUUCAAGGGAGGAUAACAACAAUAAAUACCCUCAUAUUGAAACUACAGUGCAUCAGCAUAGAACACCACCAAAGUCACCUUUGCAGGUAGUAGAAGAGUACAACGUCUAUCCAUACAUAAUGGUUGAUGAGCAGUCACAUCAUACAUUAAAACAGAUCCCAAUGAUAUUCAUCUAUGAAGAGCCCUCGAUAGAAAGAAAAGCGAAGAUGAAAUUUGAAAAGAGAACGGAAGAAAGAUUAAAUAGGAUGCACUACCUGCAUCACACAGUCAACUAUGUUGCUUCGACAUAUCGAUAUUUCCCUACACACCUCAUCACCUUCACCGAAGAUGAUCUAAAGAAGGUAAAUCUUCCACAUGUCGAUGCGUUGGUCAUUAAGUUGCAGGUAGAGAAUUUUCAGUUGAGUAGAGUACUAGUGGAUAAGGGAAGUAGCCCAAAACUUCUCUUUUAUGACACAUUUCAAGCCGUGGGAAUUCUAGAAGAAAGGUUAAGGGCACCCACAUUCCCCAUCCCCUCUUUCAACAAUACAAAGGUAGUACCAAUGGGAGCAAUUGAGCUGAAGGUAACUGCUGCAAAAUGUACUCUAAUCAUAGACUUCGUGGUUAUCGACUCUUAUUCGAGUUAA